AAAGAAAAGAAAAGAAAAGAAAAAAAUAUACCAAACUCUCUGCUUUCUGCCUCAUUGCUUUUUCCUCUGCUCCAUCCUGACCUUUUCUCCCUCGACUUUUCGAUCCAUAUUCUUUGCUUUUUCCAUGACUUGCUCAUGACUUUUCCAACUCUUUACGGCUCUUAAAUUAAUCACAAUCUUGAUUUAGGCAAGAUCCGUUGACGCUUGAAGUUUAAGACUCGACUUUUAUUCCCGGCUUCAGCGGACCUUAUUUCCUCCUCUGCUUGCUGCUUACUUGCUUUGCUAGUCUAUCUUAUCUCUCUCUCUCCCUCCCUCUUCCUCUCUUAUCCCUUGACUCGCUCGUCUUAUUUCCAACUCCCGGGUCCAGCUACUUAGUUUCCGUCUCGUCACGUCCACUACAUAUACCCUCCAUCCCCCUCCAACAACCCCCUUUUCCCUUCCGGAGCAUCACACCUAAGGGUCACCUCCCUGUAUUUGCACAUACAUACAUGAACAACAUACCACCGUCGAUCGACCUUUGAUAUCCCUUCCUUUACACCGUUGGUGGUCAAUCAUCCGUCACUCGUUCCUGUCUUCUCCCGCUCUGGCGCACGCGGGAUAGGAAGACAAAAUACAUACAACCAAGGAAAAUUAUAUACAUAUAUACAUACAACACCACAUACACACAUACACAUAAACAUCAGUGAAUACCUCUACUUUCACCAUGCCUCAAAGCCAGCGAAGAGGACCCUGGGUCCCAGAGGAGGACCAAACAUUGCUGCAGCUAGUCAGCAGUCAAGGACCAAACAACUGGGUCCGCAUCUCACAGCAUAUGAAAUACCGGUCACCAAAGCAGUGCAGAGAACGAUUCCACCAGAACCUGAAACCAACAUUGAACCACGACCCCAUCUCGGCCGAAGAAGGGUUGAUAAUCGAACGACUUGUGAGCGAGAUGGGCAAGCGGUGGGCAGAAAUCGCCAGGAGACUAGGCAACAGAAGCGACAAUGCCGUCAAGAACUGGUGGAACGGAAGCGUGAACCGAAAGCGUAGGGGCAUGGCUGCCGGUGGUGGUGCUGCCUCGCACUCCCCUGCUUCUUCUUCAUCUCCCUCCAGAACUCCCAACGGACGAGUUGAACCGCCCUACCAGAAAGCAUCAUCCAGGUCCCCGCAGACACAAUACAGAUGCCCACGGGCCGAACACGCAAUGUACAGCCAGGCCUCGCGCAUGGACAGACAACGAUCCUGGGCUUCCAUCUCAGACUAUCAAUCAUCACAACACCAGCAACACCAGCAGGAUGAAAGAGGGGAGUACCUGCACCAACGAAUUCACUCGCCCCGUCCGCUCGAGUACCGCUCAUCACUAUACGAUCUCCCCAAGGAGACCCUGAAUAGUGCAAGAUGGCAGCAGUGCAACUCACAGCCGCAGUCACCAGCCGCUGGACGGCGAGUCCUGACCCCAAUUUUCACCACACGCAACUCAAACCAGGCAACAGAUUCGGCUAUGACCUCUCCUGCAUUCUCAGAGAUGUCUCAUGCUCCCUCACUCGGGGGGCCUCCUUCCAUGGUGUCAGACCAUAACUCAGUCGCCUCUGCCUCGCCCAAGACAGUCACCUCUCCUUCUGCCCUGGCAACUCCAGUUGAAAUCCACCACAGCCACCACCGGUCUUCAUCAUCCGCCUCUUCAUACGACGAAAGACGGCGAGGCAGUGCCCCGUUAAUUUCGUCUUUCGCCAAACCACAUCAUUCAAGUGACAACCUCCUCUAUCAGUCUCAUCCUAUGCAAUCCUCCUUUCGGCACCACCAGCACUCCAUAUCAGCUCCGCAUAACCAGCUACCACCAAUUUCGGAUCUUGAAAAACCUGCUUCUUCUUGUUCUACUUCUCGUGAUUCUCGGAUGGGUCUCCAAGCAUUGCUCAAUUAA